AAAAGCGGUUGCGUUGCGGUUGCCAGGUUCCUUUGUGUGCGCCCAGCCUUAUGCAUAUUAUUACUGCGUACCGAUUGCAUGUAAUUGAAUAACGGAUGUGCUAUACAUUGUAUCUUGUCCACAUUAAAUGGCAGUAGUUUGGAAAUUUCUUAUCGUUUGUCUGAAACGGUCUGAAACCAUGCAGACAAUGCAGACACUGAACUCGCCCUACCGGCAUAGCAAAAUAGUGGAUGUCAGUGCCGAGGUGCCGAACGUGCGGACAGUUGGAAAGUAGGUUAUGUUGUAAAUGUUAGAGCAAUGUGUUUUUGGCGAAAUAUCUUUGCGUAAAUAAAAAGAUAUAUGACUGUAAUUGUUACUUUUUCAUGAAGUGUUAGUUAUUAUUUGUUCGUAUCAAUUAAACGGAAAUGAUUACAUUGACCCUUAUAAAUGGCAAAGUAUAUACAUGGAACGCAGAUGAUUGGCAGAAGCUCCGUGAAGAAUACCGCAUUGUUGGUGCAUUAAUUGGUUGCCUGGCCCAUCUUCCCCGUCAGGAUUCUUUUCUAGGUCUACCCAUGGUGCUGCUACCUGAAGAAGUGACUCUGUUGCAUGAGCAGAAGCUUGUUCGUUUGGUGUCUUACUCAUUUCCUUCAUAUGCUUCAAGUAAUGCUGUGAGACAGAAAUUUCAGGAAUACAGGAAAACAAUGUAUAUGCAGCAGGUUGAAUGCUUCAAAGAAGAACGUAAACGUCAGGUCACUUCUAUGAUUGAUCAUAUUGUGGAAGGAAAGCGACGUAAAUUGUUGGGACUUGGUCAUAAAAGAAAGAAGGCUCAUAAUGAAAAUGAGAGUUCAGUGCAAGAUCAGUCACAGUCAAAAAAUUAUGAAAUGGACACAGAUCAUAUUGACCGAGAAGCACUUCUUAGGGAUGAGCUGGACAAGAUAAAAUGCAUGGAUGAAAAUAGUACACUUGUCCAAACAUUUACAGCAAGUGUGUGGUUGUAUGAAGAAGAUGCUACUCCAGUUGAGUGGCAAUAUCCUGUAACCUCUACUGAAACCCUCCGUUAUAAGACAUUUAAAGAUCUGUGGGAAAAGGGUUACUACAUUACUGGAGGACAGAAAUUUGGAGCAGAUUUUCUUGUAUAUCCUGGAGAUCCCAUUAAAUUCCAUGCUCAGUUUCUGGUGGUUUGUACAGACAGCAAUGAAGCACUACCAGCAACAGACCUGGUGGCCCUAGGAAGAUUAGGGACAUCAGUUAGAAAGACUGUUGUUCUAUCAAGUCUUUCAGAUGAUGGAAAUACUGUACUGUAUCAAUCUCUUAAGUGGAAUGCAACUUUUUAAGACACACUAGUUCGCCUGAACGAUUGAAUUAUAUUAUUCAUUUUCCAUUAAAUACCACUAUCUUCAAAACAGGAAAGAUUCGCUGCAUCGACUUUAUUCACAGUUUUGCAUUAAACUCCAUCAUGUGUUUCUGGAGCAUAGUUUUUGAUAGCUUGUACAAGAAAGCGAAUGAAAUAACUUUUAUGUGACAAAUCUGAAUGUAGUAGUGUGUUGUUAAUUACUGAUUCUUUUCUCGUGUGACACUUCUAACUUAAUGUAACCUUUCUGUUAGUGAAUAUAAUAGCCUGAAGCUUUCGCAGAUCUUACCAAGUAUACAGGAUUUUUAUUUU